AUGGAUCCAAUUCAUUCCCAAUCGCAAUCGCAAUCGCAAUCGCAAUCGCAAUCCAACUCCCAACCCCAUUCCCACUCUCACAACUUCGCGCAACCCUCGCUCUCACCCACCGAAUUUUUCAAUGGCUUGGAGCUGACCACGCCGACGGCGAUCCAGCCCGGCCCACGAUCCUACAAGUCCCGUAAAUAUCGCCCGUGUGACUUCUGUCGCGCUCGCCAGGUCGCCUGCAAGAUCGAUAUCACCCCGCCGUGUUCUUUAUGUGCCUCUCAUGGCCGCCAAUGUACUUUUGUCGAGCGGCCAAAGAAGAAGAGGAGACCGAAUGCCUCCAAUGGCGAGCCGAGUGGAUCUGGAAGUUCAGGUGCGUCCCAUGUUCAUUGUUCAUGCAGAAGCGGAAGCGGAAGCAGAAGAGGAGAAGAGAGGAAGGGUUCCCAAGAAAGGAGAAGAAAUGAUGCGAUGGAACGGGGCGGGCACUUUGAUGUUGCCACGGCCCAAUUGAGCCCGGGGUUCAUGGCCCAAUACAACCAUGAGAACUCCUUCAACGGCCUGAAUAGCAGCGACAGUCUCGAUGCCAACGGCUCUCCUACCAACCUGCACCCGCUAGCCUCGACCCAAGAUGACUCUCCUAUAUACAAUAUGGACCCGUACUUGCAAAUGAUGUCGGACGGUGUGAGGAUACGGCCGCUGGACUCCUCAAUGGGGUUCGCAAGGCUAAUUGGGGAAACGGGAGAGUCAAAUCCGUACCUGCUACGGCACUAUCCCUACAACGAGAGCGAUGAAUGUACCAUAUCGAAGUUGACAUACCGACGGAUAAAGAGUACAUCAAACCAAAACAUAUUACCAGGCGAGAAGGGCGAACCCCCAGUGGUGUUCAUGCUGGCGAACGACAGCCUAGCGCAGAAAGGAGAGCCUCGAGUCGAGGAUGAAGUUCUUGCAAAAGCGCGGGCAGAUAUCACAGGCAUGUUCACUGAACAGGAAGCCUUAAGAUUAAUCGGCCUCUUUUUUCGAUUUGUAUAUCCAUAUUUUCCCAUUCUUUGUAAAAGCGAGCUUUACCCCAACGGGUCUUUAUCCCCUGCAGUCUUACAUAUAUUACCGAUCUCCUUAUUGUCCGCCAUUUAUGCUACGGCCUUGCCAUUUAUGUUAUAUGAUGAUCUUCUGGCUACGACUAUUGUUCAUGCACCACCCCCUUCUCACCAGCUGUUUCGAUACUCUUGGACUGCGGUUACUCAAGAACUACAUACCCCACGGCUUGCAACUCUACAGGCAUGUCUUUUGUUACUCCAACGAGCUCCUACCAAUCGCUACACGACCGACACCCCUUGGAAAACCAGUCUCGUGGGAUGGACUGUCAGUCUAGCUCAGACUCUUGGCCUCACUCGAGAGUGUAGUGAUUGGUCUAGUCUACCAGCCUGGGAAAGCACUCUCCGAAAACGGCUAUGGUAUGGUGUCUUCAUCAUGGACAAAUGGGCGUCGCUUGGAGCCGGGAUGCCUAGUCACAUACGAACAGAGGACUACGACGUCCUCCACCUCUCCGACGCAGACCUUGAGCCGCCAUCAUUAGACCCAAACUCAAACAAUGCAUCCAGCUUCCUCGAACCAGAAGCAGAAUACAACCACUUCCGCCUACUAUCUGAACUAACUUUAAUAUUAAGCGACAUCAUGGACUCAUACUACACUCUCCGGGCUACACAACGGACUUCAAAGGAUUUUACUCUUUCACUGGACCUCGCCCGCCCACUCCGGUCUCAAUUGAAGGCUUGGAAUGAUUCGUUGCCUCCCGCCCUAGCUCUUCGACAACCAGAGCGAGUGGACUCAAGAGGCAUGGCUCGUCUCAGUGGAAACCCCUCACUCUCACUGGCCUAUAUCGUAGCCACGAUGACUCUCUUCCGGGCUCUACUCCGACCACUUGAAAACCUGACCAAUGUGGAAGAGGAAGACCGUCGUAUUGUAGGAAGCCAAUUAGCUGUACGAGCAGGGGCGAAAGAGUGCGCCAAGGAGGUAGUAGAAUUUGUAGAAAACUUGGGAAGAGGGGCUUUAGAUGCAUUUUGGCAUUCUUGGUCGCGCGCAAAUUUCGCAAUCGCCUCAUCUUUCCUAAUGCAACUCCUCGUGACAUCCAAUGACCAAGCCGAAACAAACGAGAUCAACGACUUGGUAGCACGCUGGCGAUGGGCUAUGCGGCUCGGGAGCGGGAGUACUGGGAAUGGAUUAAUGAGUUUGGGAUUGCUUAGGCUGGAUGGACUGUUGUUGGAAAACGGGACAGUGCAGCCUGCAGCCGGUGGCUAA